AAGACGUUGUCAACGUUUAUACGGGAAGGUGGGAAACGGGAGUGCGAUUCGGCGUGAGUAAAAGUGUUGCCGCCUUUUUAAUCAUAAUUCAUUGGCCCAAAACUGUUUCUAUCCACAUAAUCAAGACUGUCUUGGACCCGAAUCUUUGUGAACUUAAUAUGAUCCAUAAGAUGAUGGAUGGAUGGUCAAGAGAAACAGUGCGCAACACCCUCCGAGAAGAGCUUAUCAGUUUGACUGAGCUUACCAAAGCCAGUGAAGCAGAAAUUGAAAACUCCCUUCAGACAAAUUUGGAGUUUCUUCGCCGGAUAGUGUCCCAAGUCCGUGGCAGUGCUGCAGGACCUUUAUUACCAAAAACUCCAAAAGCUCUUCAUAAAAAACCCGCACAACGCAUUGAGACCAUUCAUGAAGAUGAAUCAGUUGAGUUCGAGGUUACUCGCACCACAAGCAUUGCUUCUGAACCUAAAGAUCGAGAUUCUGAUGGGUCCCAACGUAGAUCGACAAGGACCGCAUCGAAAAAAGCUGCUAGCACUAUAAAGCAACAACAGUCACUGACUCUCUAUACUAAAUCGCGAAAAUCCUCUCAAGACACAAAUAAAACUAAAAGGAGUGCUGCAAAGAUCAAAAUAGAAUCAAGUGAUUCUGAAAAAGAAUGUACAAUACCUCCGAAGCAGUCAAAAGGAAGAAAACCAUCAGUGCAGAAACAACACGAGAACAGUCCCCAGGCUUUACAACCAGAGAAGAAAGAUGGUACAUUUGUUCUGGACAAGACUUAUAAUCACGAAUCUCGGAUAACCAAAAAGAAAGAUUCAUCUAGCAAACGUAAACAUGACCAAACUAGAUCACCAUCACCAUGUCCCCCAAACAACCACAAAAAUUCUAGGAGUCGUAGUGGGGAGCCUUUGGCUAAGAAGGGCAAUUUCAUAGAUGAAUCUCAUGUUAAUUCUGACAUCAACGAUACUCUCGAAUCGUCUAUCUAUGAAGACGCCGUUGGUAGACCUGCACCGAUACAUAAUUCAACUAAGAUAACUGACAUGACUGUGACAAUAGAUUCUAAAUCUCAUGAGUUAGCAAAAACUUCAAACCCAAAAUCGAGGUCAUCAAAAAGUGCUUCCCAUACCAAAAACCAUGUACCGAUGAAUGUAACAGUUGUAUUGGAGAAUUUAUCAGCACAAGUCAGUUAUCCCAAAACUACUGAGUACAUAAAAUCAGAGGAUGAAGAAGUUGGUUGUACACCAGAAGUUAAAAACUUUUCUAAGGGUGCUUUACUACAAGCAUAUCGCGCAAAGUUAAACAAAGAAUCAAAGAGCACUCGCAAAGCAAAUGCUCUGUUUAGUCCUUAUGCUACAGAUUCUGUCAAGAAACGUGUAGAGGCUUUUGAACAAGUUGGAUUAAAUAGCCCAAAAUCUGUUGAGAUAAACGCUCCGACAAGGGUAACUAGAACUAAAACUCGAGCCAUGGCCGCAGCGGAGACAACAACCAACGUUGUUCCACCUAUGCAACCUGUCCAAAGUGUUGCCCAAAAAUUAGCUCGUAAAUCUCUUGCCAAAGCUAAGAAGAUUUCAUUAGCCAGACAGAUCAAAGAUAGCGAGGAGAGCAAAGAGAAUGAUCGUUCGAGUAGUGCAUCUAUGAAAUCUAAAAAAUUAUUGGUCAUCAAUGAGAAAACGAUGCAAAAACAACAGUUGAGAACAACUCCGCUGACGAAAAGUCGUCUCCAGCAGCCCAUGUCUGUUAAUCGCUUACAUCAGACACCUAUGAAUGGACAAACUUUUUCCAAUCACACAGGAGUAAUGUCUGCGUCUCGUGGGAACAUAAUUACAAACAUGGACUCAUUUCUACAGUCAGCUAAACAAGCUCAGCAAAUAAGUUUGGCAGAAAAAAUUGAAGAGAAACGUAGAAAAGCUAACGAAGAAGAUGUUAGGAGGAAAAGGGAGGAGGCUUUGAAGGCUAUGGCUGAAGAAAAGAAAAGAAAGAGAGAAGAGAAGCAGCUGAAGAACAAAUUGGCAAGAGAAGCCAAAGAAAAACUAGAUAUGGAGAAACGUCUGAAAGCUGAAAAAGAAAGAGAAGAGAAAGCAAAACUCGCUCAGCAAAUCCAGGAGGAACAACGUAAAGAGGCUGAUAGAAAAAGACUUCUCCAACUACAACGUGCACAGGAGACAGAAGAAAGGCGUAAACAAGAAGAGCAGUUGCGAUUACAGCGAUUACAAGAGCAAGAAGAAAUGGAGCGUCAGUUAGCCGAACAAAAACGAAGAGAACAGGAAGCUGCAGAAAAACAGCAUCAACGUCGUCUCGCAGAAGCAAAAACUCAGCAACAAGCAGCAGCUGAAGCUAUGAAGAUCAAGGCUCAAUAUCAAUCAAAAGUGAAACAGAACACAAUAGCUAUUCAACCAAAAAUGGUACCAGCCCCAAGUUCUUAUAAAUUGGAUAGUGAACCUAGUGACGACGAUGCCUCAGACAAUGAAUCUGCACCCAAACACGCUAUCCCCGCUUGGGCUACGGCUCAAGUCCGUAGAAAUCGAUUGGCAAUGCAAGAACACAUUCCGGUAUACGAAGUUCACAGAUAUUUCAAUAGCAAACAGUGCACGCCAGAUCUUUCAAAAAUAUUCAAGGGCAUUGACAAAAGGCAACUGCAACGCACAUCAAGUGCUAUUUGGAAGACGCCACCUCGUUACUCGAUGAUGUACAGAGACUGAUCGUUCACUGAUUUGUUCCAAAGAUCUAAUGGAUCUACUUUCAUUUUCUUCAUACGUAUGUAUAAGCGUUAUAUGGUAUAAUUCGAAUGAUUUUCAGGUAUUUAGUUCUCAUAACCAGCUAAACUAUGUGCCUUAAUUGAAAAAGGGAGAAUCUUAAAGUAAAUAAACUAGAGAGUACUAGUAAAUGUACCAGAGAGUAUGAAUCCAUUUUAUAUUAUAUAAUAAUAAAUAUUUUUCGAUUAUUCGCAAUCAUCAAAGUGUUAAAAUAAGUCAAUAUAGUGACUUGAUCACAAAGUAUUGAAAUUGGAAAUAUCUAGAAUGAAAAAUUGUCGUCUGUUCCGAUAACUUACCAUGAUUUACAUCGGUUGAUGAACGGAUUGGUAAAGGUAUUAAUUCAGUCGGUCUCUGCGGUAUGAACGAUUACUCCUCUAACGUAUAUUUUUCCUUUGACUAGUAUUAUUUCUCUUUAAUGUACACAAAUGUAAAACGAUUUGUAGUUUGGUUUCAUAAAUGUUCAUUUUAUCAGCAACUGAAUCCCUAUGGAUUCUCGAUUGAAUUUCAAUUCAUUUGGAAAACAUUUAAUUUUGGAAAUA